AGCUGCAGGACGGUAACCUUUCCUCUGAAUGCAGUACACUAUUCCUGGGCCUGGACUCCACAGCUCAGCAUAGAAUCUGAGUUUCAGACAAAGAGCUUCCUUUAACACCACUAAUAACCUGAGCUUCUUUAGAUCUUAACUACGUUUCAUACAGUAAAUAAAGUAUGUCAGCUGCUGGAGCUGCUCGUCGUGUGUUGACUGCUGCGUCACAUUCAAGCCAUGGGGAAAGAGCAAGGACCUGGAAGAUCCUGUCCUUCGCCUUGGCUUUGCCUGGCGUUGGUGUCUGCUGCCUUAAUGCUUACCUAAAGUCACAGGAGCACUCCCAUGAGCAGCCAGAGUUUGUGCCAUACAAUCACCUGCGUGUCCGCACAAAGAAAUUUCCCUGGGGGGAUGGAAACCACACCCUGUUCCACAAUCCUCACACUAAUCCCCUGCCUAAUGGCUACGAGAGCAGCCACCACUGAGCAACCGUCAUCUUUACGUGGUGUGGAGAAACACCUUUAAACCCUCUGUCUGCAGCGUGUGUGGCUAACUCAUACAGAACAUGGGGCCAAGCAGACAGCAAUAAAACUACUGUGUUGGACUGUG